CUGUGAAGGUUUACCUAAGAAACUUUUCUUUGUAUAUAAAAUUUAAAACUUUAAAAUAUUUUCUAAUAAACAUGAAGCAUUGUACUUUUCUAAAUUUAAAUUAAAUAUUGUAAAAAUUACAAAAAACCGGCGUUACGUUUAAUGGUGCGAAAAAUAGAAAAAGACUGUGAUUUAUGGUAACAAUGCUUUGAAAUGAUAAAAUAAGCACGAGGGAAGAUUUCCAUAAAAUGUUAUUAUAUUUGCUGUUUCUUUCUUUUAUCCAUUUUGCAAGUUUAAAGAGUAUUUGGGAUGAUAUCAAUUUGCCUCCAGAGCACAUGCCUUAUUUCUUUAAUAAUAAUUUGAAUUUGGCUUCACUCUGCGAAAAAAAUAGGAAUUGUCCUUAUAAGAAAUACUUAAACAAGAAAAACUGUUGGGGAUAUGAAAAGAACUGUUCCCUAAGUUACAGAUAUUCUGAUCCUAUUUGUGAUGGUGAAGCAAAAGGAUGGGUUACGUCAAAAAAAGAUCAGAUCCAUACUUUUUAUACUCAAGGAGAUUUUGGUUACAUUAAAGAAAGAAGGAAUGAGUUAAUCACAUUAUGUUUACCAGAACAUCCUGAUGAUAGUUUACUUGAAUGCAGCAAAUAUACUAGAUUUUGUAGGGCAAGGAAUAUAAUUUUUCAUUUCAAAUCACUUGAAAAACUUCCAGAACCAAUAAGAUAUCGAGAUGAUGUGGUACAGAAAGGCGAAGUAGGAGGCCAUUGUAAAUUAAAUAAAAUGCAAUUAAAAAAAGAAGGAGAGCAUAAGAGUCCACUUCAAUCAUGGUUUGCUGAACUUGAGCAUUUUACAGAACUUCCAUAUCGUCCAAUUCAAGAUAAGAAAUGUGAUACCGUGUUUACGAAACCAACAUUUAUAAUGAAGCUUGAUGCACCUGUGAAUAUGUAUCAUCAUUUUUGUGAUUUUUUGAACUUGUAUGCAUCCUUACAUUUAAACAAUAGCUUUACUACAGAUGUAUUUAUUCUUAUAUGGGACACUAUACCAUACAGAAGCAAUUUUGAGAUUACUUGGAAAGCAUUUACUAAGCAUCCAUUACUUAAUCUUGAACAGUUUAAAGGAAAGAGAGUGUGUUUCAAAGAUGUUGUAUUCCCAUUAUUACCUCGAAUGAUCUUUGGAAUGUAUUAUAACAUGCCUUUGAUACCAGGCUGUUACAAAAGUGGUUUAUUCCAUGCUUUUUCUAAACAUGUUUUACAUAAAUUAAAUAUUAAGCAAGAUGAAUAUUCUGGAAAGAAAAUUAUAAUUACGUUAUUGUCAAGAGCAACGACUUUCAGACAGAUAUUGAAUGAAAAUGAACUCAAUUGGGAUUAA